GACACAUGGACGAUAUCACUUGCCAAAUCUCACAUUUCAUGCGACAAUAUUUUUGGUGACGUGAUUUGGUCAAGCAUAAACCAUAAAUCUCCUUCUCAGAUAUUCAUUGAUGUCCUUUGGAGAGAGAGAAGUCCACUGUCACUUCGGUUCCUCGGGUUUUGAUCUCUGGAAUUGAAUUGAUUUAUUAAUGUCAUAAGAAAGUAAGGAAUGGUAUGAUUUCUAUUCCAACUGAAUCAGUUGAGACGAAUUAAAUUAUAAAGGUCUCGCAGCUUCGAUCGUCGAGAGGUAGAGAUAUCUCACAGGAAUGCUUCGGGCGAGCGUCGUGACCUACAAUUGUGGCCAAGAGAGCAAUGAAUGCCCCAAAGGGACAGACCCAAAUGACGGAAUUGAAUUGAAGCUCGUGUCGUGAAGCAGAGUUUAUGCUUGCACCUUGCAUUCGCAAGCAUUUUGCAGGACCAGGCUUGGCCGGAACCAGAGGCGUGUAUGGCGGCAUAGAGGGGAACCUGCGUCUCGGGGAGUUGCCUCAGUCUCCGCCGUGGCAUUGUCGAGGUUUUCAUGGUUUCAAUUCCUGGAUUGAGAACCGCUCGCUGAUAUCGUUGCCUCGGAGACAGCUCGGUGUAAAAGUUGGAGGAUCGCGUGCUGGGGCCUCUCAAUUUUUGAAACCGGAAUCUGGUGGAAGGGGAUUGUCGAGAAAGGUGCAAGCGCGAGCAUCAGGCGAAAUGGUGGGAGUGGACGUGAAGGUUCCGAAGGCGAAGAAAGUUCCUCAUGUGACUGAGAUGUUUGGACAUGUUAGGGAGAAUAAUUAUUACUGGCUGCGCGACGAUUCCCGGAAAGAACCAGAGAUUUUGGAAUAUUUGAAAUCUGAGAAUGAUUACACAGAAGCUAUGACUGCAGACACGAAAGCCUUUCAAGAAGAACUCUAUAAAGAGAUGCGAGGAAGGAUACAAGAGGCGGAUACAAGUGUGCCCUUGAGGAAAGGGGCAUUUUUCUACUACAAGAGAGAUCUAGAAGGAAAACAAUAUCCACAGCAUUGCAGACGUGCGACUCCUGAUGGUGAACGCCCUGGAUCUGUGGAGGAAGUGAUGGAAAGUGGUGACGGAGCCGCAGUGGAGACGGUUCUUCUCGAUGAAAACGCUGUAGCAGAAAAGCAUUCGUUUUACCUUGUUGGUACUGUGAAGGUCAGCCCGAAUCAUAAGCUCUUUGCGGUGACAGAAGACUUUACAGGGAACGAAAUUUUCACCCUACGUGUAGUUGACAUUGAGACGGGCCUAGAUGUUGGAACCAAGAUUACUGGAGCUACAGAUCAAGUUGAGUGGGGCGAUGACAAUACCCUGUAUUAUCUAAUUCAAGAUGAAACACAACGGCCGUACAAGGUAUGGCGACACAAUCUGCAAUCAGAUCAAUCCUCAGACACAUGCAUUUACCACGAGAAAGAUGUUGAGCAUUGGUUGGACCUUGGCUCCUCUGAGAGUGACAAGUACUUGUUAGUGACGUCAGCGAGCAAAAUCACCCAGUUUGUACUUUUCUUAGAUAAGAAAAACCCAGAUGGGGAGCUUGAAUAUUUGUCGCCAAGGGUCGAUGGAGUUGACAUUUCAGUAGCUCAUGCAAGAAAUCACUUUUUCAUAACAAGAAGAAGUGAAGAAACUUACAACUCCGAGCUACUUGUUAGUCCAAUAGAGGAUCGUUCAGCACCAGUCGUUCUCCUCCCGCAUAGGCCAAGUGUGAAGCUGCAGAGCGUUUCCACGUCAAAGGACCAUAUUGUCGUGCAGGAGCGUGAGAACGGACUAGUGACUCUAACUGUGUACAUGCUUCCUCCAGUUGGGGAGCCCAUAACAAGUCUUGGUGAGGGAAGAAAAGUCGAGUUCCCCGAACCUACCUACAGUGUUUGGCAAGCAGCCAGUCAGUAUGACUCCUCCGUAAUGCGUUACGUCUACAGUUCUCUGACCACACCUCCAACGGUGUACGAUUACGAUAUGAAUACAGGGGUGUCAGUAUUGAAGAAAGUUCAAGCGGUUCUAGGUGGCUUUGAUUCCACCAAGUAUGUAACCAACCGGGAGUGGGCAACAGCAGAUGAUGGAACUCAAAUUCCCAUUUCCUUGGUGUACAGAAAAGACUUGGUAAAACUUGAUGGAAGUGACCCGUUGUUGUUGUAUGGCUACGGGUCCUACGAGAUAUGUAUCGAUCCUGAUUUCCAGUCGAAAAGACUUUCUCUGCUUGACAGAGGUUUGGUCUUUGCUAUAGCUCAUGUUCGAGGUGGGGGCGAAAUGGGCCGAAAAUGGUAUGAGAGUGGAAAACUUUUGUGCAAGAAAAACACGUUUACAGAUUUCAUAUCAUGUGCGGAAUUUCUUAUAGAGAAAAAGUACGGUUGCAAAGACAAGAUUUGCAUAAACGGAAGGAGCGCAGGUGGGCUUCUUGUGGGUGCCGUUAUGACAAUGAGACCUGAAUUAUUUACAGUUGCUGUUGCGGAGGUGCCCUUUGUUGACGUAGUUACCACCAUGUUGGAUGAGUCUAUUCCAUUGACGACUUCAGAGUGGGAGGAAUGGGGUAACCCCAAGAAAGAAGAGUACUACCGCUAUAUGGUGUCUUAUUCCCCUGUAGACAACGUUGUCAGCGAAAUGUGCUUGACGCUCUCUUCCAUUUGAUCUGAAGGUUACGUCUCGGAACUAUCCACACACUUUGAUUACAGGAGGUCUUCACGAUUCUCGAGUAGCCUAUUGGGAACCUGCUAAGUUCACAGCAGAACUGCGAGAAAAGAAAACAGACAACAACGUUCUUCUUUUCAAGUGUGACAUGGGUGCAGGCCAUUUUUCCAAGUCCGGAAGAUUUGACAAACUUGGAGAGGGGGCAUUCGUGUUUACGUACAUCCUCAAGUAUUUGGGGUUGCUUCCAGUGAAGUAAUUAUGUUGUUUGAAACAAAGUAUCCAAGUCUGUCGAAUUAGAUCGUCCCGUCUGCUUACUCUGUUGAGGCUUUGGCCGGAUUCAAGCACUUUCAUAGAGCUUCUUGGUAUUCAUGAGAGGAUCCAGCAAUAAGAAGUCGCUACAGAUUUUGUGAGAGGCUACAUUGUGGAAGGACUCACAUGAGCAGCCUUGAAGACCUUUGAGUCCAUCUACUAUCGAGUUCGUGCUUCCAUUUAAAACUUCACAAUACUCUGUUUCACAUGCAUACCUCAGGUACAUAUCAGUUCUCGCUGUUUGAAUCGAUCUUCAAGAACGUUCUUGGAAAUUUCAAAGAGUCGCCUUCUUCUUUGAGUGCCUGGCUGAAUCGAUCUUCAAGAACGUUCUUGGAAAUUUCAAAGAGUCGCCUUCUUCUUUGAGUGCCUGGCUUUCUUUUUGCUACUCCAUGGAACGCCUAUCUAGCCAUGCCGCAGCACUGAGGAGGCAGCCCUGUAUAAUUGUGGCGUAGCCUUUAAUUAACCGUGAAUUGCCAAGAUAUUGAACUUAUAUUGCGAGUAUUGAACUUGACACUUCAAUACCCGCCGCAACCAACACUUCAGUUUUGCCUUCAUGCCGGUCCAACCAAGAAUGUCUUGUAGCUAUUGUACGGAAGUCGUUCAGUUGUGAGGAUGGCUGCAGUAGGAGAAAGUGCUCCUAGCUUCAUUCUGGACAUCACGUGAUUGUGCCACCCAGAUUUGACAUGAUAACAUCUAACAUCGACAUUAACUCCCAUGUCCAUCCGUGUUUCCUUCCUGC